CCAGGAUUGAGUACUAAGCUCAACCCUUUAGAACAUUCUAGGAACAGCUCAAAAUCAUAUUCUGCAGACGACAUUUGGCAGUUUUCCGUCAAGGGAUAGUUCACAUACAACCUUAUAUAUUAGCUCAGUACGCAGACAUUUGUUGCCAUCACUGGAUCCUAAAGCAGUUCUCUAUGGAGAAAAAAGAAGAUGAAAAAGCAAAUAAGAUAACUUUUAGGAGCGUUCCAGAAUUUAGAGGGUUAUUUAUUGACCAAUGUUUGGCACAAGCUACUGAGCAUGGGUUUUCUGGAACUUCUUUGAAGCAAACUUCGUGGGGAAAUUUGUGCAAAUUCUUUUCUGAGAAGUAUGACUGCACUAUCACCCAAAAGAAAUUGAGAAACCACUGGGAUUACUUGCGCACCCAAUAUGUCACUUGGUCUCGUCUCUUAGCAAGAACCGGGCAUGGGUACAACGCGGAGACGAACACUUUUGAUUGGAGCGAAGAACAAUGGUCUGAAUUAGACAAGACAAUCAAAAACGCCAGUCAAUUCAAGAAUAAGGGACUGGAAGAUGCAGAGAAGUUGCAGAAUUUAUUUGAUGGGAAGUUCUCUACCGGAGUUAAUAGGGAUACGCCUGGAAGAAUGGAACCUCCUUGUUCAGCUGGAACUUCUACAACUAAUGGAUCUGAUUCCCGAAUAAGUCUUGGAAAAGAACAAAAUCAUGAGGAUGAUAACUUUUAG